AGUCAAUCAAAAUAAACAACUUGGGAUUUGUAUCAUUGGAGGAAACAUUAAUAUCAAUUGGAGAUCACUGAUCUAGCAUUUGGUGCCAGGUGGAAAGGGUUAAAAGCAGUGAGAGAGAACUCGGGGUUACACCAGUGUGUUUGGAUCCCUAGAAUCACUAUGAAGGCCCUUGUCUUCCUUGUUAUCCUAGGAGCUGCUGUUGCCUUUCCCAGUAAUAAUGUUGAAAGGAUCAUAGGAGGAAAGAACUGCGAAAAAAGCUCAGUACCCUACCAGGUGUUUGUAAUUAACGACAACUUGAUGUGUGGCGGUUCCCUCAUUGAUGCCCAGUGGGUACUUUCAGCCGCUCACUGCUACAAUUCCCGAAUGCUGGUGAUCUUGGGUGCCUACGACCUGAACGUCCUUGAGGGCACGGAGCAAAUCAUCAGCUCUACUAAGGUGAUUCGCCACCCCAGCUAUAAUGAUGGGGAUACCAACCAUGACAUUAUGCUGAUUAAGCUGACUAAGUCUGCCACCCUUAACUCUCAUGUGUCUACAGUCUCCCUGCCCACUUCCUGUGUGGCUGCUGGCACCAACUGCCUCAUCUCUGGCUGGGGUACAACUCGGAUCAGUCUCUAUGAGUGGCUAGCUGAAUUAGAACCACAGAAUAUGUUCCCAAGAGUUAACUUUCCUAACAUUCUUCAGUGCUUGAAUAUUCCUGUGCUCUCUGACAAUACCUGCCAAGAUGCCUACCCUGGUAAGAUCACCAGAAAUAUGAUCUGCCUGGGAUUCAUGGAAGGUAAAAAGGAUACCUGCCAGGGUGACUCAGGUGGUCCUGUGGUCUGCAAAGGUCAACUCCAAGGCAUUGUUUCAUGGGGCAUAGGCUGUGGCCAGAAAGGCAAUCCUGGUGUCUAUACCAAGGUCUGCAACUAUGUGGAUUGGAUUGAAAAGACCAUUGCUGACAACUAAGCUCCUUUCCCUACUAC